GAGAAAACCUACUCGAAUCCUGAACACAAGUUGAUUUCUGACAAUUGGGAAAUUUAAAGUUAUUGUUACAAUACACCGUAAACGAGUGAUUGACUUUAAAUUAGUUGAAUUAUAAAACGUGACUACUUUACGUAAAUAAUUAUAAAUAAAAUAUAAAGCUCGGUGGAUCCAGUUGGAAAUUUUAUUAUAAAGAUAUUAGUUAAUCAUAAAUUAUUGUGGUAAUUGCAGGCUUUAUUUGUUUGAAUAAGAAACGGAACCGAUUUUAUCUACUAUAACUAUACCUUAAUGGAGCCUCCAUGUUCAUUUCAUCCUUGUGAUGAAGCGGUAAUUGCAACAAACGACGAUGCUAGCGACUGUAAACGCUGCGCUGUACGUUUGGGUUAUUGGAAGGACGAAUAUAUUGGUUAUUUUGUACGCAACCAAGACCGCAAAGCACCAGAAAUAAAUCGAGGAUAUUUUGCUAGAGUCAAGGGCGUUGAGAUGUGUGUAGAGAAGUUCCUGAAGAAAACCAAUGGAGAUUGUCAAAUAAUUAACCUUGGCUGUGGUUUUGAUACACUAUAUUUUCGUUUGCGUGAUACUUCCCAUCAAGUGAAGAAUUUUAUUGAACUAGAUUUUCCCACAGUAACGGCACGUAAGUGUUAUACGAUUAAACGUAACAAAGCUUUGCUGGCCAAGAUUCACGAUGAAGAUGGCGAAGUAAGAUUAAGUCCAACGGAUAUGCAUGGACCUAGCUAUCAUUUGAUGGGUGUAGAUUUGCGUAAUCUUGAUGAACUUGACAAUAAGCUGCAACAGGCUGAAGUGAAUUAUUCACUGCCCACAAUCUUUCUGGCCGAAUGUGUGCUAGUCUACAUUGAAAUGCAGAAUUGCAAAAAUUUGCUCAAAUGGAUUUCCAAUAAAUUUACCAAUGCAGUUUUUGUCAAUUAUGAGCAGGUCAAUAUGAAUGAUCGAUUUGGUGAAGUUAUGUUGAAUAACUUGCGUAGUCGAGGGUGCAGCCUAGCUAGUGUAGAGGCGUGUGUUUCGUUAGACACGCAAGUAAACCGAUUUUUAGAAUGUGGUUGGACCGGUAGUCGCGCAUGGGAUAUGGUACAGGUUUAUCAAAGUCUACCUGAAGCGGAGAGACAACGCAUUGAACGUAUUGAAAUGCUCGACGAAGGUGAACUCUUAUUGCAACUUUUUCAACACUAUUGUCUCGUAGUAGCCUGGAUUGGUGAACUGUUUCAGGAUAUUGAAAUUACGGUUGAAAAACGUAUGUCUUGGUUAAACAUCGAAUAAAGACUGGAAUAACGGGCUCGACAGGCUGUUGGUAAUAAUGGACGGCUGCAGUGCAAACAUAGCCAAUAUUGGCUAUAAGACUGUUAUAAGAUGAACUUUAGUUCUAUUUUCCAAAUAAUUUUAUACAAAUUUUCGGAUUAUUGCUGUGAAAUUUUGGAUUUAACAAACAAAUUGCAAAUACUUCUGUUUUGCUUCUACUUAAAUCGUAAAUACACACAAGAGCAUAGUUUGUAUUUCUUUUUAGCUUAUUUUGUUAUUUUAUAUAUAACCCGAACCACUUUGAAAAAAGUACAUAGUCUCCAUAUAUAUAUAUAUAUAGGUAACAUAAAAUUUCACGAUCAUGAUGACGUAAUUUUUUGUGCACUUACCAAAAAAAAAAAA